AUGGAAAAUACCAAGUCUAACGAAGCCCUCGCCCUCCUUUGGGCCUACGAGCUUACGAGGGAGAACAAGCAGUUGUUCAAGGGACUCAAAAAAGUGAACCGACGUCUCGAUGCCUCUCACCCAACCACGUCAGCUACCCGUGCCAACGGUUCACAUCAAAGCAACGAGAAAGUGAACCAGCCAGAAAAUUAA